AUGUCGGAAAAAAAGCAACCGAAACGUUACAAGACUAGAUUUAUUCAAGUGAACUUCCGGGCGCUUGUUGCAAGAACCGGUAAGGAUGCCGGCACCGAGGCGUCGCCUGAGGAAAUCGAAGCUGCGGGCAAGGGGCAAUCUGCAGGUCUGAUUGAAAGACCCGCAAACGACUACGCCGCGUUGAAGUUGACAGGCGAAAUCUUUGAGUCACUGAACGAAAUGCUUCACUGCAUUGCUGCAAACGACGUGAAGGUAGUCGAAUUGCUUGCGAACGUGAGCAAGGUCUUCCUCAAUCCGAACGCAAAAUUCAUCUUGACGACGGGAGUCAUUGCACCAUUGCCACAAGAGCCUGAAGACCUGGAAAAGCUACAGCAUUUGGAACGUACCUUGGAUGCUGCCAUGAAAGCACCAGAGAUAGUGGACAACCCGAGCAAGAAGCGCUUACUUGAGGAGGUGCAGAGCGCAAUGAAAAGCUGCACUACCUUACGGUUGUAUACCCUGGGCUACGUGUAUCAUGUUGUUGGUCACAACGUGAGCAUCGACGAAAAAGACUCGACGACGUUACUGCAGCAGUUACUUGAACGAGGCAUGGUUCAUCCAGACGAGGUGACUGAGAUCGUGGAUCAGCUGAGAGCUCUAGGAAAGGCGCGACUGACUGUUCGCGACAUAACGCACACUUUGCAGUACAGAAUGCUGGUCACACAAGACGGACGGAUAGCUUCGAUGCGCCUGAUGAUGGCCGGCGGAGUGUACCAGAAGCCGGUCACCGAGGCGAAGCCGGAGGCAAUCGACUAUCUGAUACUUGGCCUCAUGAACGAGGUAUACAACUGCCUGUGCGAGAGACACGAUCUGGCAAAGUCCAAGGAUCUGCCGCUCAUGGAGUUGCUGCGCGACCUGAACCGGAUAUUCCUCGGCGUCGAAAAGAAGCUAUCUACGUUAGACCGUAGCGACAUCGAUCGUCUACUUGGAGCAAUCGAGUUGCUCAUGCAAAUACCUGAGAUUGCGAACGACCCAGACAAAGUGCGGAUCCUCCGCAAAGUUAUGGCGAUCUUGAAGCAACACAAAGCACUACCGCAAGAUGAACUAUCGAAUGUGAAUCACUCUCUUGGUGGAAAAGUGACGUUCACCAAUGAGCAUCUUCCUUCAGUGCUGAAGGGGCUAAAGGAUCAAAGGGUGAUUCAUCCAGAAGAGGUGCCGCUGCUGACAAAUCAGAUAAGGGAGAAACGGCUGGAGGAAAUCAGCAUUAUGGAACUUGUACAGACAAUUGGACCGGAAUUGGUACUUGCAAAUGACGGCCGGGUAGCGACUAAACGGGCUCUCGUGACUGCUCAGCCACCUGCCGCUGUAGAAGUCCGAAAGCCUGCCGCCGACUAUGCGACAGUGAAGCUAUUGGGAGAACUGUAUCAGGCGCUGAACGAAAUUCCGGACAUUAUCAAAACCUACGAGGACAGGCAGCUGGUCAGCGUGCUGCAGCAGCUGAGCAGUGUGUUCUUGAAGCCGGAAACGAGAACUUCUUUGGAAAGUGACAAAAGCCGAGUGAUCGGACACUUGUUGAAAGCACUCACAAAGGGUCAGUCUUUGUUUCUGUCCGAACUGGCCGAUGUAUUUAAUGCCCUCGGUGCAACAGUGACGGUCUCGGGCAAGAAUUUGCAGCGGUUCUUACAGAAGUUGUACGAACGUGGCGUGAUUCACCAGCACCAGGUGACGACUUUGAUAAACCAGCUGACGGGCAAGGCCGAAGUGACCAUGCAGGAUAUCUGCCAUUGUAUCCUUCCUCUGCUGAUGGUCAGCAGUGAGGAACGAGUGACCAUGGCUGCAGCUCCAGCUGCUGUUCCAAAGGUAAAAGUGGCAUUUGCAAAAGUCCCGCAAGUUUCUGUGGAUUACCGGCAAACGAAAAUGACUGGCGAAUUGUAUUCAGCUUUGCAAGAAAUUCCUGAAGCCGUACAACGCCAGCAUCAUCCUCUCGUCCAAAUAAUGGACUCUGUGAACCUCGUUUUUAUGACAACGGGACUGCGACUUCCGUUGGUUCUGGGCCAAGUAACCGAUUUGUUUCAAGGACCGGAGGACAGGCAAAACAUCCAGAAAUUAGAGAAAGCGUUGAAGGCAGCCGGCGAUUCACCGGAGAUUUCUAAAGACGCAGAGCAAAUGGGCAUCAUUGGUCGGAUGUCAGAAGCUAUCCAGAAGGAAAAGACCUUGCUGUUGAAUCUGUUAGAGGAAGCGUUCCUCGUUCUUGGUCGCGAAAUCAGAAUCACACAAAAAUUCAUUCCGCUUAUGUUGGAGAAAUUAUUCUACCGAGGCCUGAUUCAUAGGGACGACGUGGCCGUUCUUCUGGCAAUGCUGAAGAUCCCGCCAUCGGGUAUGAGGGUAGGCGAUAACAGCAUGCCGUUGCCCACCCCUGAACAGCCGGUAGUCGAUUACGGUACUCUGAAGCUGAUGGGCGAGCUGUGCGAGACGAUGUACCGAUUUCGCCCUGCUCUGCGAGAGAACGACAAGCAGUGGGUGGAGCUGUUCCGCGGAGUGAACCAAUUGUUGCUACAGUCGAGGUACAGGGACGCCCUCGAAUUCGACGUUGUCGAACAUUUAACGGUCCGUGCCGCCAAGGGCAUCCAAGAUCUGUGCUCUCUGCUCAAAGCCGUACAGCAAAAUCCAGCGCCACUGGAGAGGCUCAGCACUCUGCCACGUAUUCCCUCUCACGUGAUUCCGUGCUUUGGCUGUCGUUACCAGCUGUCGACGAACGAGCACUGA